AUGUAUGAGGACUGCAAGGAGUCCACUGGGGACUAUUACUUCCUCUGUGACACUGAGGGGGCAUGGGGCAUUGUUCUGGAGUCCGUGGCAGCAGUUGGCAUAGUGGUUACAGUUAUGCUGCUCCUGGCGUUUCUCUUCCUCAUGAGAAGGGUCCAAGACUGCGCCCACUGGAAUGUCCUCCCCACCCAGUUCCUCUUCCUCCUGGGUGUGCUGGGGCUCUUUGGCCUUGCUUUUGCCUUCAUCAUCCAGCUGAAUGAGCAGACUGCCCCCAUCCGCUACUUUCUCUUUGGGGUCCUCUUUGCUCUCUGCUUCUCGUGCCUCUUGGCUCACGCCUCCAACCUGGUGAAGCUGGUCCGGGGUCGAGUCUCCUUCUCUUGGACGACAAUUCUGUGCAUUGCUAUUGGGGUCAGCCUGUUGCAGACCAUCAUUGCCAUUGAGUACGUGACUCUCAUCAUGACCAGGGGUGGCAUGUUUGUGCACAUGACACCCUAUCAGCUCAACGUGGACUUCGUGGUCCUCCUGGUCUACGUCCUCUUCCUGAUGGCCCUCACAUUCUUUGUCUCCAAGACCACGUUCUGUGGCCCUUGUGAGAACUGGAAGCAGCACGGCAGGCUCAUCUUUGCCACCGUGCUCAUCUCCAUCAUCAUCUGGGUGGUGUGGAUCUCCAUGCUCAUGAGGGGCAACACACAGCUCCAGCGGCAGCCCCAGUGGGACGACCCCGUCAUCUGCAUCGCCCUGGUCACCAACGCGUGGGUCUUCCUGCUGCUGUACAUUGUCCCGGAGCUGUGCAUUCUCUACCGAUCAUGUCAGCAGGGUUGCCCCCUGCCAGGCAAUGCCUGCCCACUCCCGACUUACGAACGCAGCUUCAGAGCAGAGAACCAGGAGCUCUCAAGAGCCCGAGACAGUGAUGGUGCUGAGGAGGAUGUGGCAUUAACUGCGUAUGGUAGCCCUCUUCCAUUGCAGAUUGUUGAUGCCACACAGAAAUAUCUCAUUCCAUGGGCUAAAGGAAGCCCCCAGCAAGAUGCAGAAUUAUAA